UGUUGUUGUGUGUACAUUUGGGGAGCUGUUAUGGCAGAGAACGUAAGCAGUAGUGCUCUGUUUGGAAACAGUCCAGACAGUGGAAUCCUAUAAUGCCUACUCAGAGAUAAGUCCUGUUGAGUUCAGUGGAUCUUACUUCCAGUCUCGGACAAUGAACUAUGUGGGGCAGCUCGCUGAAACGGUGUUAGGCACUGUGAAGGAGUUGUAUAAGGGCCUGAACCCAGCCACCCUGACAGGCUGCAUUGAUGUCAUUGUGGUGAGGCAACCAGAUGGCUCCUUACUCUGUUCACCUUUCCAUGUGCGCUUUGGGAAGCUACGUGUUCUGCAUUCCAGUGAGAAAGUGGUUGACAUUGAAAUUAAUGGCGAGCCAGUCAAUCUGCAUAUGAAGCUGGGUGACAAUGGAGAAGCCUUUUUUGUCCAGGAGUCAGAGGAACACAAGGAGAGCAUCCCCACUUCCAUGUGCACAUCUCCCAUCCCACUGGAGAAAAAUGCAGAGCCUGUGUCCAGAUCGUCCAGCUUGCAUGGAAACCCUGAAGUCUUGGGCUCAGAAACAGCCCUUCGCAAGAAAAGGUGGCGCAAGAAGAAACCAAAGAAGAGGGAGUCACUGGGAGACUCCACUUCAGAAGAAGAAGAAGGAGGGACUGAAAGUGAGAAAUCUCUGGAGGAGAAGCGGAAGCUGUUGACUUCAAACAACACAAUGUAUUACUCGUUCACCGAAGCACAGAAUGAAGGAGCUGGAGCUCUGCAACCUAAAGAAGCUUAUCCCUAUUCUGAUGGAGAGCUGGCUCCUCUACAGAGCCUUCCUCCAAACUGCCCAUCAGCCCCCAAAAGUGACUCUGAGUUGGAGAUGCGAAAUCCUGAAAUGCCACUUUGCUCUGAAUCACACAUGCAGUGGUCAUGGGGAAGGUUGCCUGAGGUGAGCAAAUCUGACAGAGUAGAAGCAGCAAAGUCUGCCGCAAGUGUCUCCAUGACAGCAGCCAUUACUCCAGCAGCAACCAUUCCUGUAGGUGAGAUGACUCACUUUGCUGCCAUUACACCAGACUCAGAAAGUGACCUCGGCAUGGAAGACUCUGAUGAAGCAUUGUGUUCUCCAGCUGCUCCUGUAGUUAGGCCGACACCUGUCUUUCCUUCUGGAAAUGGCCUCCCAGUGAGUGAAGAGACCCGUUCUUCCAUUCAACCCACUGGCAGUGCUCUACAAACCACUCCCAGCCUUUCAAGUGAUAUGCAAGUCCUAGCAACUGCUGCAGAGAAUGAAGGAAUAGCAUCCGUUGAGGAGAUUAUUGAACCAGUUGUGGAUGUGGAAGUGCCAUCCUCAAGGAAAGCUAGUUUGACAAACCCGGAGCCCUGCAGCAGCCCAGAGUUGAAACAGGAGAAGAGAAGGGGUUCCAUGAGGAGAAGCUCUCAUCUGGGACCCACAGAUAUUUACUUGGAGGAUCUCUCAAACCUGGAUGCAGAGCAAAUAGCACUUUAUUUCCCUAAAAGUGAUGCUGAGCUGAGUGGCCAAGUACAAUCUGACCCUGGCAGCUUCUCCUCUGAGCAUUGUGCUGCUGCUACUACUGUUGACAACAGCGCAGAUAGUCUCUCGGAGCCUUCAGAAAGCAGCCGGGUGCCUCACAUGCUCCUGUCUGUCUGUGGAGGUCUUGGGGAUGAUGGGGAAUUAUCUCAUGCUGAGAAGUUCACGAAGCACAUAGUUUCCUACCAAGAGUUUGUGGACAACACAGCAAUACUCGAGGACCCAAAUUUGGUGAUCCAGAUCCACAAGAAAUAUUAUAACUGGGCAGUUGCAGCCCCUAUGCUCCUCUCCUUACAAGCUUUCCAAAAGGACCUUCCCAAGAGUACUGUCGACAGGCUCAUGAAGGAAAAGAUGCCCAAGAAGGGUGGCAGAUGGUGGUUUUCCUGGCGGCGAAGAGAGCUUUCACAUGAGGAGCAUGAAUCCACCGCACAGAAAUCUAGUAGAGCUAAUUCCUCACUGCGGAGAAGAGAUGAUGGUUCAUCCAGUGAUGACGACUCUAUAUCCUCAGGCCGAGGGGAGAGACCCGUACCAGAUGCUCUCACACAGAAGUUUCUUCCAACCUACAAGAAAUCCCUAAGGCUCUCUUCAGAUCAAAUUAAAAGUCUCAACCUGAGAGACGGUGUCAAUGAGGUAGCGUUCAGCGUGACCACUCAGUACCAGGGCACAUGUCGUUGUGAAGCCAACAUCUAUCUAUGGAACUGGGAUGACAAGGUGGUGAUCUCUGAUAUUGAUGGAACUAUCACCAGGUCUGAUGCUCUAGGGCAUAUCUUGCCACACCUUGGGAAAGACUGGACCCACCAAGGCAUUGCAAAGCUCUUCCACAAAAUCCACUUGAAUGGAUACAAGUUUCUUUACUGUUCAGCCAGAUCCAUUGGCAUGGCACAUAUCACCAAAGGAUACCUGACAUGUGUCAAUGACCAGGGUUGUGUGCUCCCCAAAGGUCCCAUACUGUUGGCACCCAGCAGUCUCAUCUCAGCCUUUCAUAGGGAAGUGAUUGAGAAGAAGCCAGAGGUGUUCAAAAUUGCUUGUUUGACUGACAUCCGGAACCUCUUUGGCCGCAACAAGCAGCCUUUCCAUGCUGCUUUUGGGAACAGACCAAAUGAUGUCCAUGCCUACAAAGAAGUGGCGUUACCAGAAACUCGUAUAUUCACUGUGAACCCCAAGGGGGAAUUGACACAGGAGCACAUAAAAAUCCACAAGUCAACAUAUGACCGACUGAGUGAGGUGGUAGAGCUCCUCUUUCCACCUAUUGGCAAGGAUGUGAGCGUUUCAUUGGCUUCCCCAGAAUUCAGCCAGUUCUCUUACUGGAGAUCUCCAUUGGCCACUGUUGACUUUGAAGAUUUUGCCUUGUGAUGCAGAGCCAACAACAUUCCAAAGCAUAUUUCACUGUUGGUCCUCUAGUAUAAUGGGCAGGCAGCAGACAUCUCUUGUAGCAUCUUCUCCACCAUGUGCAAUACUUGAGCUUUCAGAUAGCAGGGGGAAGGGGGACACUCAGGACUCCAUUCCCCAUUUGUGUGUGUGUGUGGGAGGGAUACAUUUCCCAACCCAGGGUUUGACAGAUGUGUUUAUGCCAUAUGACAGAAUGCAUUUUACCUGCAAUCUUGUAACCUGGGUGCAUUUAAGAGUUGGUGACACUGGAUUUGGCUGAAUAUUAAUAAUGGCUGCUAGUCUCCCUCCUCCUGUUUCUGCCUGAUGACUUGCAUAGUUGAUGGCUGCAGAAACCACAAGGUUUGGGAUGGAAGAACAGGAGAAGAAUACUCACCUAAUGGACAUUUAGGAGCUUCAGUCUGUUAUGUCAAUGAAUUCCUCUGGCUUUGUCAAAUAGCUCUUGUCUGGAUUGUGGUCAGUAUUCAGUAAUGGCAUCAAUAUGUGCCUGGACACUAAGUGCCUUAAUGAUCUUUGAUAGGGUGGUCUAUCUGAGUCUCGUGGUGUGUCC